UUUUGUUUUUGCUCUGCAUUUACUUCCAUAUGAGAGAAUGUAUGAACAAAGUGGGGGAGUAGUUGGUGGAGUUGUUGGAUGCUGUUCUCUGCUCUUAUGUUUCGUCCUAUGCCUUAAUCCAACAAUGUUCUUUUGUUUUUAUAUUCCUUCUCUCCCAUUCUCUUGUCAACUUCCUUUUUUGUUUGAUGGUUUUUGUUCUUCUUACUAUAAGCUUUCUGGGCUUCUCUCUGGAUAUUGUAGUGGUAUCUAUCAAAGCUUUGUGAAAAUGGGUAUCUGGGAUUCUCUGUAAUCUUUGGGAUUCUCAGUUCAAAAAAGCAAAAGUCAUUUGAUUGAGAUGACUUUGAAUCUGGGUUUUGCAUCUUUUUUGUUUUAGAUUUCUUAUUUUUUUGAAUUUUUGAAUGAGUUGUUGAUGGAGCUGAAAAUUUGAAAUAAAACCAUCUUCAGUUACGGGCCCUUGAAGAAGAAAGGGGUUCUCUUCUGAUCGCAUUAAAGGUGAUAAAGUAAAGGCUUCUCUGCAAUGCACCAAAAGUUAGCAAUGUGACCUGAUGGGAAUUCAAUUGAAAAACCAAAAGAGAAAGAAAAGAGAAGCAACUGAUUCCUCCACUUUCUUUUUCUCUCUUAAAAUCAGAAACCCUCUUUUUGCUUUCUAGUUUGAACUUCGAAAUUGGUAGCUUCUUCUGUUUAAAGCCCGAGUUUCUUGAAGUAGAGCUGUACAAUUUCCUUGGCUUUGGCUUUAUGUUGAAGAAUUGAUGCAUCUUUCAUUAUGGAAGCCGUUGUCCCAUUGCGCCGCUUUAAUCAUGGACAAGAAAACCAGAAGACGACAUGGCUCUGGUGUAACGGAGAGGCGUAAAUCCUCCAUUCUCAGGCAAUUGCAAGAAAACAAGCUCAGAGAGGCACUGGAAGAAGCUUCUGAAGAUGGGUCUCUCGCAAAAUCUAGAGACAUUGACUGUGAAUCGCCAAAUUACGACAGGAAUGUUCGACGGUCCAGAUCUCUUGCUCGGCUACACGCUCAAAAGGAGUUUCUACGCGCCACCGCACUCGCCGCCGACCGGACCUAUUGCACAGAGGAUUUAAUUCCGAAUCUCUUCGAUGCCUUCACCAAAUUCCUCACUAUGUACCCAAAAUUUCAGACGUCGGAAAAAAUCGAUCAGUUGAGAUCAGAAGAGUAUGAACAUCUCUCAGAGUCGUUCUCGAAGGUAUGUCUUGAUUACUGUGGUUUUGGUUUAUUUUCUCACAUUCAAACACAACAAUUUUGGGAAUCGUCCUCGUUUACUCUCUCUGAAAUCACUGCCAAUUUGAGCAACCAUGCGCUAUACGGCGGCGCUGAGAAGGGUACGAUUGAACAUGAUAUCAAGACUAGGAUUAUGGAUUAUCUGAACAUUUCUGAGAAUGAGUAUGGGCUUGUUUUUACAGUCAGUAGGGGAUCGGCCUUUAAGCUCUUGUCUGAGUCUUACCCUUUUCAUACUAACAAGAAAUUGUUAACUAUGUUUGAUCAUGAGAGUCAAUCUGUGAGUUGGAUGGCUCAGAGUGCUAAACAGAGAGGUGCAAAAGUUUACAGUGCAUGGUUUAAGUGGCCAACAUUAAGACUCUGUUCAAGGGAGCUGAGGAAACAGAUUACAAACAAGAGGAAGAGGAAGAAGGAUUCUGUUGCUGGCCUUUUUGUGUUUCCUGUUCAGUCCAGAGUUACAGGGGCAAAGUAUUCUUACCAAUGGAUGGCUCUUGCUCAGCAGAACAAUUGGCAUGUAUUGCUUGAUGCUGGCUCACUCGGUCCUAAGGACAUGGAUUCCUUGGGGCUUUCCCUCUUCAGGCCAGAUUUUAUCAUCACCUCGUUUUAUCGUGUUUUUGGGUCGGAUCCAACUGGGUUUGGCUGUCUGUUGAUUAAAAAAUCCGUUAUAGGGAGCUUGCAAAAUCAAUCUGGGCGGACUGGUACAGGAAUGGUGAGGAUACUCCCCAUUUUUCCACAGUAUAUUGGUGAUUCGAUUGAUGGUUUGGAUGUCUUGGCUGGGAUUGAAGAUGAUGCAAUCAAUGGUCAGGAGGAUUCUGAAACUGAGAAGCAUCAGGAGUCACGAAUGCCUGCUUUUUCGGGUGUGUUUACGUCGAACCAGGUGAGGGAUGUGUUUGAAACUGAGAUAGAGCAUGAUAAUAAUAGUUCGGACAGGGAUGGGGCUAGUACCAUUUUUGAGGAAGCUGAGAGCAUCUCAAUUGGUGAGGUUAUGAAGAGUCCAAUCUUCAGUGAGGAUGAGUCAUCAGACAAUUCAUAUUGGAUUGAUUUGGGUCAGAGUCCAUUUGGUUCUGAUAAUUCUGGCCAUCUUAUCAAGCAAAAAACAUGGUCACCCUUACCACCAUCUUGGUUUUCUGGAAAGAGGAACAAUAGGCAACGUUCACCAAAACCGGCAUCUAGGUUCUUGAAAAGUCCGAUGUGUGGUGAUGAUAAGCGGGUGAAUUCAAGGCAGCAUGAAGAUUCGGUGUUGUCUUUUGAUGCAGCUGUAUUAUCAAUGUCACAGGAUUUCGGCUGUGUGAAGGGGAUUCCUGAAGAAGAACAAUCUGGAGAACAAGACUCUUGCUGUGGAAAUGUAGGAAGUUUAAAGGAUUCUCAUGUUGUUAGUGAGAUUCAAGAGGAUUCAGAAACUGGAGAAGAAUCGGCUAGGUUGAGUGUUGCAUCAAAUGGAAUUCGUCCUGCGAAUGAUACUUCUGAGUUUCAGGAACUGAAGCGUUCAAAUUCCACAACAUGUGGAGCCUUCAAAGACCUGAAGGAAAAUGCUAUAAGAAGGGAGACCGAGGGGGAAUUCAGACUCUUGGGUAGGAGGGAAAGGAGUAGAUUUUCUGAACGUGGGUUCCUUGGUUUGGAAGAGGGAGAUAGAGCGAUAAGCAUGGGUCGCCGAGUAUCAUUUAGUGUAGAAUAUAAUGAAAAAGAAAGUUUGAACGAGAUGUUCGAGCUCGGUGAAGCAUCUAAUGCAGCCUUUGGCAAUGAGGAAUCAACGAGUGAUGGAGAAUAUGUUGAUGAGCAAGAAUGGGGAAGGAGGGAGCCUGAAAUGAUUUGUCGGCAUCUUGAUCAUAUUGAUAUGUUGGGCCUCAACAAGACUACUCUCCGACAAAGGUAUCUCAUUAACUGGCUCGUCACUUCGCUGCUACAACUCCGAUUACCUGGUCAAGAUGACGUAGGAGUUCACCUUGUACAACUGUAUGGUCCAAAGAUCAAGUACGAAAGAGGUGCUGCUAUUGCUUUCAAUGUAAAAGAGAGCAAUGGAAGAGGGCUAAUACAUCCGGAAGUUGUACAAAAACUGGCUGAAAAUAAUGGAAUAUCUCUUGGAGUUGGCAUUCUCAGCCAUGUACGGGUGGUAGACGUUCCAAAGCAGAAUUCUGGACAGUAUGAUCUCGAAGACAUGGCGUUGUGCAAACCUAUGGGUAAUGGCCAUAACAGAAAGAAACUAUUUUUCCGAGUCGAGGUUGUCACAGCAUCCCUUGGGUUCCUUACCAACUUUGAUGAUGUUUAUAAAAUGUGGGCAUUCAUAGCCAAGUUUCUAAAUCCAUCAUUUCUUGAAAACAAUACUUUGUCUUCCGUCCCAGAGAGUUCGGAAUCCUAUCACCGGAGCCUGUUUUAGAGCGCGAUUCUCCUGGUGGAAAUUGGAAAGUUGAACUCAUUUAUCAGGAGAUGCUGCAACGUACAGCACAGCCUGCUAAAAGUCCAACUUUUCCUGCUAAGCAGAUGAGAAUUAGUUCAUACUGACUGAGAUGACGAACACACGGUUUGUUUCAAGGAAGCAUUUUUAAACAAAAGAGAGCUCAAGCUUCUUUUAUCAUCUGUGCAUUGUCACAACUAUCAUUGUGGCUAUCUACUGUGGAAUGUGAACCGGAUCUCUUCUGCUGAAACAAAAAAGACAAGAGGAAAGGUUUGGCUGACCUCUGUCACUGAUUGAUCUUCUUAGUUAGAAUAUACAAGAUUGCAAGCUAGGUAAGUUGGUGCUUUUAACUUCGCCCACAGCUAAUUUACAAACUUAUUUGAGAUUGUAAAUCUUUUGUGCAUUUACUUACAGAUAUAGAAUCUCUGGUCUUUGUUUUUUCCUUGAUCUUCUGUUUUGAUUGUAUUUCUUUGUUUAAGGAUGCAAAUUCGUCGUCAAUAGAUUUCUCUUCUAUUUACAUAGAAAAAACUUGGGUGCAUCACUGGCUAGAGCCAUGUUUUUGUAGUCCAACUACAAUUUGCCACUGGCAUGGAAUUGGUGGCAAAAAUAUUGGGUACAUCGGAAAACAAUGCAUUCUUUCCCAUCUUGUCAACUGGACAUGUGUACAGUAUUUUUUCCGGAUUUGGUUAGCUGCAUUGGACAUUUAUUCUAAAUGUCUGUUUGUUAGGAAAGUUUAUGUUUUUCUA